ACGUCACCGCCGCCCGGUCCCCGCCGCCAUUGGAGUCGGAGGGUCUCUCGCUCCAUCCCGGCUCGGGGCCAGCGCGGGGACAGGCCGCGGGGCGCGGAGCGAGGGGCGGGCGGGGAUGUGAGGAGAAGGGCCGGCAGGGCGAGAAGCGACCGGACCGCCGCCCCGCCCCCCUCCCCUCCCCCGGGGGGCCCCGCCUGAGGAGAGCGACCCCCCCCCCCACGGGGCCCCGCCUUGCACGCCGAGCCGGCCCCUCCCCUCCCCCAGGCCCGGUCCGGAGCGCCCCUCGCCAGGCCCCGGGGACAGGCGCUCCCUCCCCCGCGUUCUCCCCGCGCGCCUCCCCUCCGCGCGGAGGGGCCCGGGCCCUGCCCCUGCCCCGCUCCCUGCUCACCACGGGGGCCCCGUACAUGAAUGAUGUCGGCCACAAGCGUUGACCCUCAGCGACCGAAAGGACAAGAUAAUAAAGUACAAAAUGGUUCAUUGCAUCAGAAGGACACAGUUCACGACAACGAUUUUGAACCUUACCUUUCUGGACAGUCAAAUCAGAAUAAUAGCUAUCCAUCAAUGACUGAUCCCUAUUUGUCCAAUUAUUAUCCACCAUCUAUUGGGUUUCCCUAUUCUCUCAGUGAAGCACCGUGGUCUACUGGAGGAGAUCCUCCUAUCCCAUACCUCACCACCUAUGGACAGCUCAGUAAUGGAGACCAUCAUUUUAUGCAUGAUGCUGUUUUUGGACAGCCUGGGGGUCUGGGAAAUAACAUCUACCAACACAGAUUUAAUUUUUUCCCUGAAAAUCCUGCUUUCUCAGCUUGGGGAACAAGUGGAUCCCAAGGACAGCAGACUCAAAGUUCAGCUUAUGGGAGCAGUUACAGCUACCCACCUAGUUCACUGGGUGGUACUAUUGUGGAUGGACAAACAGGAUUUCAUAAUGAUACUUUGAAUAAAGCACCUGGAAUGAAUAGUAUUGAACAGGGAAUGGUUGGACUUAAGAUUGGUGGAGAUGUAACAACUUCUGCUGUGAAAACAGUAGGUUCUGUUGUCAACAGUGCUGGAAUGACAGGUGCUCUUCCUGGUAAUGGUGGAUCCAGUGUAAACUUGCCAGUAUCUAAACCAACCUCUUGGGCUGCUAUUGCCAGCAAGCCUGCAAAACCACAGCCUAAAAUGAAAACAAAAACUGGGCCUGUAAUUGGAGGAGCUUUGCCUCCGCCACCUAUAAAACAUAAUAUGGACAUAGGUACUUGGGAUAAUAAGGGUCCUGUGGCAAAAGUUCCUGCUCCCCAACAGAUCCCAUCUCCUCAAUCUGUCCCACAGCAACAAAUGGUUCAGCCUAUUCCAGCUCAACCUCCUCCAUUGACCCAGCCACAGUAUCAAAAUCCUCAGCAACCACCCCAAAACCGCUGGGUGGCUCCCCGCAACAGAAAUGCAGCUUUUGGCCAAAGUGGAGGAACUGGUAAUGAUAGCAACUCAACUGGCAGUACCCAGCCUAACUCUGUCCCAAGUGGUGAAUCCCAUCCCGUUCUUGAAAAACUGAAAGCUGCUCAUAGCUAUAACCCGAAAGAUUUUGAAUGGAAUCUUAAAAAUGGACGUGUGUUCAUAAUAAAGAGCUAUUCUGAGGAUGAUAUUCAUCGUUCCAUUAAAUAUUCUAUUUGGUGUAGCACAGAACAUGGCAACAAACGCUUGGACAGCGCUUUCCGAUCCAUGAAUAGUAAGGGCCCGGUCUACUUACUGUUCAGUGUUAAUGGUAGUGGACAUUUCUGUGGAGUAGCAGAAAUGAAAUCACCUGUGGACUAUGGCACUAGUGCUGGCGUCUGGUCUCAGGACAAAUGGAAGGGGAAAUUUGAUGUCAAAUGGAUCUUUGUGAAGGACGUGCCCAACAACCAGCUCCGACACAUCAGGCUGGAGAACAAUGACAACAAACCAGUUACAAACUCCCGUGACACACAGGAGGUGCCCUUAGAAAAAGCAAAACAAGUGCUUAAAAUUAUUGCUACUUACAAGCACACAACCUCCAUCUUUGAUGACUUUUCCCAUUAUGAAAAGCGCCAAGAAGAGGAGGAGGUGGUGCGGAAGGAACGGCAGAAUCGAAACAAACAAUAAGAAUAAGCGUAUACAAUUUGCUAUAUAUAAUAGAACUGAUAUUAAAUUUGACCAUGAAAAACAAAUCUUAAAACGUAAUCUGGUGCUAUAUCCUGGCAUCAGGACAAACUAAAGCUUUCAGCUCCAAUAUUUCUUCUUGUACAGGGGGAAUUUAGUUGUUGCAUCUUUAAGUACAUUGUAGUUUGUUUUUGCCCAGGUGGAUCUGCAUUAAUUUGUAUCUUUUCUAUGUAAAAUGCUAUAGAAUCCAUUAAUAAAGAUGUAUCUGUUUUUAUUUUUUAAGUUAGUAAACAAUUAUACUGACCUAAUAUGGAACUAUAAAUGAGCAUCCUAAAAAUGUCAGUGUUUCCCAAAGACUUUAUUUUGGCACAGAUUAUGUUCCUAUUCUGAUAUUCACCAUAAUUUUGUAUGACAGAAUUUCUCUGUUCAUCCCAAUCCCUGUUUCUUCAUGGCAAUCAUAAGAAACCAUUGAGUUUUGUCACUUUAAGAAUGUUGUUUAAGAGAAAUACUGCAUUCAGAAUAUUGAAAUGAAAAUUCAAGUUAAGAUCACUUUUUAAUUGAAUUGUACAAUUAUACUUUUAAAAAUGCUAACAUGCCACUUGGAUUUUUUUCUGUCUCCAAGAAAAUCAAAUUGUCAGUGAAACUGUUUAACUCUGAAAAUAUUUCCCUUUCACAUUCUGUUAACCCAGUGCUUCAGUGUGCAUUUGUUAUACCCAUAUCCUGCAGAGAGUUAGUGAGGUGCUUUCUCUCAGCCAUAAUUCUGCUUUAUUGUUUUUGUAGCUUAAUAAUUAAAUAAUAAUGUAAAUGCUAUCAACAUUGCAGGGUUUUUGGACAGUGUGUUUAAACCUGUUUCCGCUUUCAGGUGUUAUUAGUUAAUUGCAGAUCAUUUUUAAUCUUUCCCUUUCUUUUCCCCCCAAAAUCCCAAUGCCAUUUAAAGUUUUUAUACCAAUAAUGCUGAGCUUUAACGUAGAAACUAAUAGUAUGGACAAUAUGAUGGAUUAUGCCUCAGAUGUUUAAAAUCGACUGUGUAUGUCUAAUUUUUUUUUCUGUUGGAUGAGUAAAAAAAAUGUUUUAAGAAACUGAAUUUGCUGUCAUGUUUUUGUGGAAUAAGGGAACCGUUGAAGAACUCGUCACCAACUGGAGUUUCAAUUAAGCAUGAAAAUUGUGCUCAUGCCUGUUGCUCUAGCACACUGAAUCUGCACGUGUUUAUUGUAGAGGAUCUUUUACUAUAUUAGAAAGCAAAUAUCGUCUUCUGAAAACUAUUUACUCCAAAAGGACCUCUGAUUUAAAUAAAGUUUAAGCUGUAUCAUUUAGACUUGUAUUUAGAACGUAUAACUUUGUCUCUGGACUGUCACUGCCUGUAAGGACUCAUGGACAGCAUCAGAUUAACUUUUUUCCUCUAGGAGAAUACAAGCCUUAAUAAACAAUACAUAUUUAGCAAG